UAUGAUCUUUCGGAAGCGAAGCACAGCAUUAUCGAACAGUAGGCGUGCAAAUUAAAUAAGAAACAGCCGCUGCGAUUUACAUGCAUAGAUCAGGUGUGGAAGACCACAGAAUGGAACACACAGAUUCUCAUAAGGGACGGGAAUGCCCCCAGAAGAGGUCGCCGUUCGACAUGAUAAUGAACCAAAUACGCAGGACAAAGUCGAUCACGGACCGGCGCCCCCGGGCGUCAGUCGGUCGCUUUUUCCGCCCCACGGAAAACUCUGACAAGAAGGAUGGCGGCAUACCAGAUAGCGGAGAACCAGAGGCCCAGCGGGGCGAGGAGAAAAUGGGGAGGGGUGUCCCUGUGGACUCAGAGCUGAGUUCGAUGGUUGGGUGGGGUAGAGUGAAGCUGUUUGUUCAGAAGCUAGGAAAGAAGCUGGAAAGCCACAGCCUGAAUCUCGGCCACUGUGACCUCACCGCCACUGAUGUCUUAGAACUGGCUACCCUGUUGCCAUUCCUGUCUCAGUUGGAAGAGAUGGAUCUCUCCUGGAACGACCUGUGCGGUGGAUCGUUGAAGGCUUUGGCCAUUCACCUGAGGCAUGUGAGCAGACUCCGGAUGCUGAGACUGAGCAGCUGCAGGCUGACAGCAGAUGACCUCACAGCGCUCGGGGAGGCGCUGGGCUAUCUCCCCCUCCUGGAGGUAGUGGAUCUUUCCUGGAAUGCCGGUGUCGGUGGGAACCUGCAACGCCUCAUCAGUGGCCUCCAGCCAGGGAACACAGUAAAAGAGCUCCACCUGGUGGAGUGCCAGCUCACUGCAGCAGACGCCCAGGCACUAGGGGGGGCACUGAGUAUGCUGCCUAGCCUGGAGUUGCUGGACCUCUCUGCCAAUAGACACCUGGAGGGGGGGCUGUGUGAGUUGGCCCCCCAGCUGAAGGGCAGCCUGGGAUUGAAGGUCCUGCGGAUGCGCAUGUGUGGGCUGAGACAGGACAGCCUCCAGACGCUGGGAGAAGCAAUACAGUUUCUUCCAGCCCUGGAGCAACUGGACCUGUCCUGUAACCAGGGGGCAAGCGGGGGGUUUGCACAGAUGAGUGCUUACCUGACCCAGCUCAUGCACCUGCGCAGCUUGGACCUGCACAAGUGCAACCUGACAGAGGAAGACGUGCAGGCGCUGGUCCAGAUUGUUCCUUCCCUUGGUGACCUCACAAUGCUGGAUUUAUCAUCCAAUAAGACGAUAGGGCGCUUGGCCCAGAUGCUUUUCCCCACCCUUCCCCUGUCAAAGUUGAAAACACUGUCCCUGAACAGCUGCUGUCUGACUGAGGAAUCCUACCACUCUCUAGCCUCUGCAGUGCAGAGUCUGGGCCAGUUGGAGUCGCUGGGACUGUCCUGGAACAAAUGUGUAGGAGGGAACCUGAGGCAGGUGCUGCAGGUUCUGCAGCCUGGCUCUCACCUGCAAGAGCUGAGACUGGCUAGCUGUGGCCUUAACACCGAAGACCUUCUGCAUCUGGCAUCAGCGUCAAAGCGCGGAGCCCUAGUGCACCUGAGAAAGCUGGACCUCAUGUAUAACGAUGGCGUGGGCGAACAGGGCUGGACGCACCUCUUUAAGGAGGCAGAGGGCCUACGGGCGAUGUGCGAGCUGGACGUGAGCCUGCACCCCUCCGGCCGCUCCUCCGUCCGCCCCCACGCCUCCCCGUGGCUGCCCGCCCUGCUGAGCGCCCUGCCGCGGCUGCCCUCCCUCAUCAGCCUGUCCCUGCAGGGCUGGGCCCUGACCCCCCGCGAGAGCGACGGCCUGGAGGCCUUCAGCAGGGACGGCAAGAGAAGUGUCCACUUCGACUACGACCCGCACCCCGCGGCUGCGAGGGUCUGAACAACCAACAGAGGGGCGGGAGAGCGAAACGGACAGAGAGGGAGGAGAAAGAGCAGGAGGAAGGGAGAGCACAAGGGGAUGGGGCUGAUAAAGAGCAAUGAGAAAGAGAGGGAAGAGAGAAACCAAGAGUUUGAGAAAGAGAAAAAAAUCUGCAGAAGAAAGAAGAUAAAUUUGGGCAAAAGAAGCGGGUGUUGGGGAAGGCAAUGGGAGCAAGUGUAGCAGCUGAGACAGAAAGAGGAAGAGUAUGGUACACCUUUCUUAUACCCAUCUUCCAGGCACCAGCAUCCUACACUUGCUGUUGGGAAGAUUACUUGUGAAGUCACAUAUGAAGUAUACUAAACUGUACUACAGUUGAUGCACUGUAUUUGUGUUGAUUUGACCAUUUUUACUGAAAUUGCCCUUUUUGUUUUCUGCACACUAUUUUUAUACCAACUUACUGUAAUUGCACUCACUUGUAUGAAACAGUACAUAUUUCUUGUGGUCUGAUAAAUUUCAACUUUAUAAAAUAUGUUUUGGAAAGCACAAAUUUAAAUUUUUUUUUUUUUUUCAAAUUAAUUUUAUACAA